GUUUUACUCACCCCAAAGCCCUAAAUCUAUCCUCGAACCUCUUCGUUUGCGAUUCGACUCCAGGUCUCCGUUUCCCUCAGCGGGCGACCGCCAGCGUCGUCGUCGUCGUCGUCGUUGUACGAAGCCCUCUACUUGGAAAUAGCCUUAAAGCUCAAUCUCUUGGAGCACAUCAGCGGUUGUCAUGGACGUGGAUUCCGACUCCAACUCGAGCUGGCAGAUGCAGAUGGAUUCGGAAGACCCGACUGCAGAUGAGUCGAAUUCAAACGGCAAAGUGAAGGAUGAUCUUUCGGAGUCGAUAGAGAACUUGAAGUUAUCUGAUUCAUCGAGUGUUAGCUUCAAAAGCAAGCCUGUCGUCCUUAUAGUCGUUGGAAUGGCAGGCAUUGGAAAAACUUCAUUUCUCCACAGAUUGGUCUGCCACAUGCAAUCCUCGAGCAUCCGUGGAUAUGUGCUGAACCUUGACCCGGCGGUGAUGACCCUUCCUUUCGCUGCAAACAUCGAUAUAAGAGACACUGUUCGCUACAAGGAAGUAAUGAAGGAUUACAACCUUGGCCCUAAUGGUGGUAUCUUGACGUCCCUGAAUCUGUUUGCGACAAAGACUGACGAGGUAAUAUCGGCCAUCGAAAGAUGGGCUGACCAGCUUGAUUAUGUUCUGGUGGACACCCCUGGUCAAAUUGAAGUAUUUACUUGGUCAGCUUCUGGAGCAAUUAUCACCGAGGCCUUUGCUUCCACAUUUCCCACGAUAAUUGCUUAUGUUGUGGACACACCUCGCGCUGCAAAUCCAGUAACUUUCAUGAGCAAUAUGCUGUAUGCUUGUAGCAUACUUUACAAGACAAGGUUACCUUUAGUCCUAACAUUUAACAAGGUUGAUGUAGCCAGACAUGAGUUUGCUCUGGAGUGGAUGCAAGAUUUUGAGGCAUUUCAGGCAGCACUAGACACCUAUUCAUCAUACACGUCAACUUUAUCGAGGAGUCUCUCACUAGCACUUGAUGAAUUCUAUAAAAAUACAUGUUCCGUGGGAGUUUCAGCAGUUUCUGGUGCUGGAAUGGAAGCCUUUUUUGGUGCAGUAGAAGCAAGUGCAAAAGAGUAUAUGGAGAACUACAAAGCUGAUCUUGACAAACGAAGAGCUGAGAAGGAGCGUCUAGAAGCAUACUGCAGGAGCGAGAACAUGGAGAGAUUGCAGAGAGACAUGGAAUCAUCUCAAGGACAGACAGCGGUGCUGAGCACUGGCUUAAAGGACAAGGAAUAUCCUGAAAUGGAUGAGAAUAACGAGGAAGAGGAAGAAGAUGCAAUGGAGGAUCUGAGGUUCUCAGAGGAGGAAACCUAGGAAGAUGAAGAGGUUGCUCACUUUGGUUUCUGAGUAAUAUGUACUGUUUGCUAAUGUCCACUUCUUAAAAAGCUUACUGUAAAUAGGGGCUACUUUAUUAUGCCAUCUCUAGCUAGCCUACUUUUCUCUCUGGAUGUCGGAGCUCUUGUCCAAUUUUAUAGUCCCAUUUGUAACAUGCAAAGUUGUAAACAUGGUGUAUACAAUCUUUUAUCUUGCAUGCAUGCUACGUAUCCAAAAUCUAAUGUUUUCUUGGCAGGAUCA